UACACGUUUCAACAAUGUGGAAAUCGUUCGUUUUCGCAGGCUUCGCCUUCGCUCUCACCCUCGUCAAAGGUGACAAACAAUGCGUACCCUAUACAGUGGAUAACGAAUUACUGGCGUGCGUUUGCAAUGCAACUUAUUGCGACGAUUCGCUGAAUCUUGAAUCGCUUUUCCUAAACAGAGAUAACUUUUUCCAAUAUGAAACGAACAAGGCUGGGCUCAGGAUGCAGUUGUCGGAGGGUACAUUCAGCAGCUCUUCCGAUGUACCUACGAACGUGACUUUGACGAUAAAUAGACAGAAAAUGUAUCAAAAGAUUCUUGGCUUCGGCGGUGCGUUCACCGAUUCGACCGGUAUAAACAUGAAGAAGCUCAGCCCGGCUACGCAGAUGCAACUGAUGAGGGCAUACUUCGAUCCGCUAGUUGGAAGCAAAUACAACCUGGCUCGGUUUCCAAUUGGUGGCACCGACUUCUCGGUGAGACCUUACUCGUUGGACGACGUAGCCAACGAUACAUCGUUGGAGCAUUUCUCCCUCGCGCCAGAGGAUCUCAAUUUCAAAAUACCAUACGCGAAUAUAGCUCGCGAAUUAAAUCCUUUCACGAAAUUCUUUGCGUCCGCGUGGUCCGCUCCUGGCUGGAUGAAAACCAACGGGGAUUUCGCAUCUUUCGGGUACUUGAAGAAGGAGUACUAUCAGGUUUACGCGGACUAUCUGGCUAAGUUUGCCGAUGCAUAUAAGAUGCACGACCUGGACAUAUGGGCGAUUACGACAGGCAACGAACCGACGAUCAACUCCCAUAUCAAUUCCUCGAAAGUAAUCUCUAUGGGCUGGACACCCGAAAGCAUGGCUGACUGGGUCGCCGAGAAUCUGGGGCCGACUUUGGCUGCAUCGGCCAGCCAUAAGACGCGCGUCUUGGCCCUCGACGACGACAGAGAUUUACUGCCACGUUGGGUCGAGCCGUUGUAUAACAAUGAAACAGCGUCGCAGUACACCGUAGGCACCGCCGUGCAUUGGUACUUCGGCUUUCUAGCCCCCAUUACGGUGCUGGACGAGACCCAUGAUUUGAAUCCCAAUAAACUGAUUCUCAUGACCGAAGCGUCGCAAGGCCCGACGUAUUGGGGAAGAUCGACUCUCGUGUCGGACAUGUGGACCCUCGGGGAAGAGUACAUCUUGAGUAUAAUCGAGCAUUUGAAUAAUUGGGCGGUCGGCUGGGUGGACUGGAACUUGGUGUUGGAUCAAGCUGGUGGACCAACUUGGAUCAACAAUACUCUGAACGCAGGCAUCGUCGUGAAUCCGGAAAGCGAUGAAUUCUUCAAGCUGUCGAUGUAUUAUGCCAUCGCGCAUUUCAGCAAGUUCGUCGACAGAGAUUCCGUCAGGAUUAAUAUCACCGACACCGACACCGUCAAAUCUUCGGCCUUCGUAACGCCGACGGACGAAGUCGUCGUUGUACUCUAUAACAAAGCGUCCGAGCCCACUACCGUGACACUGCAGGACGCAGAGAGGGGUCUGGUGCAGGUGGGCUUGUCUCCGCUUUCUAUGAACACCAUAAUAUACAAGCAAUAAUUCUGGGUAGACUGCGAAUUUCAUGAACUUAUCACAACAACGACAAACACUGAAAAGAAAACAAAACAAAAAAAUUAAAGGGUAUCAAACUUUAUGUUUCAUAAGGAUUCGCAGUUAAAUCAUGUAUAUCAGAUUUCCUAUGGGUACAUAUACGUAUUCUCGCUGAAUUGUAUUGUUCUGCGAUAAAAAUAAAUGUGCACUGUUCGACAAUGCAA